AUGAAGAAGUUGUCGCAGGAAGACUGCUGGAAAGUAGUUUCGGCAUUUUUUAAAGAAAAAGGCCUGGUAAGGCAGCAGUUGGACUCUUUCAACGAGUUUAUACAGAGCACUAUGCAGGAGGUAGUCGACGAGAACUCAACGAUCGUUCUGCUGGCGCACAGCCCAACGGGCGAAGAGGACCAGGCGAAGAAAUACACGAUAAAGUUCAAACAGAUUUACGUCAGCAAGCCUCCAACAAUAACAGAGCCUGACGGAAGGACGUCUUCAAUGUUUCCAAACGAUGCGCGCGUGAGAAGCCUCACAUACUCAGCAUCCCUGUACAUAGACAUAGUGAAGACAGAGCACAUAGGAGAUGAAGAGGUCGAAACGCGCGUCUACAAAAGAAUGCCCAUCGGCUCGAUCCCCAUCAUGCUGAGAUCUCUCUACUGCGUGUACAACAACAUAGACGACAAAGACAGAAACAAGAUGGAAGAGUGUCCGUACGACCAAGGAGGAUAUUUCAUUGUGAACGGAUCAGAGAAGGUUCUUAUCGCGCACGAGAGAAUGGCAACAAAUCUCGUCUAUAUUUUCAAAAAAUCCCCUCCCUCUCCCUAUCUGUACACCGCAGAGAUGCGAUCAGUGCCUGAGCACGGGCUAAGAAUGCCGUCAUCGCUUACCAUCAGGCUUAUCACACGGCCUGCAGAGAGCGCAUCAGGGGGUGGGUAUCUGCUGCGAGCUGUUCUACCGCAUGCCAAGCUAGAUGUGCCUGUAGUGAUCAUUUUCAGGGCUCUUGGAUUUGUCUCAGAUAAGGAGAUACUCGAGCACAUAUGCUACGACUUUUCAGACACAGAGAUGCUCAGCAUGCUGCGGCCGAGCAUUGAAGAGGCUUUUGUCAUCCAGGACCAGGGAGUGGCUCUGGACUACAUAGGGAAGAGAGUGGCACCCGCAGGAUUCACGAAAGAAAAGAGAAUCAAGUUUGCAAAAGACAUGUUCCAGAAAGAGUUCCUGCCGCACGUGGGAACAAAAGAGUUCUGCGAGACAAAGAAAGCAUACUUGUUCGGAUACACGAUCAAUAAGCUCCUGAUGGUUGCCCUUGGAAGAAGAAGCGAAGAAGACAGAGACCACUACGGAAGAAAGAGACUCGAUCUAGCAGGCCCACUGAUGACUGGCUUAUUCAGAAUGCUCUUUAAGAAAAUGUGCAACGAGCUCUCAAAGCACAUGCAGAGAUGCAUCGAUGGAAACAAAGAUCUAAACCUCGUGAUAGGCCUGCGCACAUCCACACUCACGCAGGGCCUGCGGUACUCUCUUGCCACAGGAAACUGGGGAGAGCAGUCGAAGAGCAUGCAGGCUCGGGCGGGCGUAGCACAGGUCCUGAACAGAUACAACUACAUCUCUACGCUGUCGCAUCUGAGGAGAGUAAAUACGCCCGUGGGAAGAGACGGAAAGUUGGCUAAGCCAAGACAGCUGCACUCGAGCCACUGGGGCAUGGUGUGUCCCGCAGAGACACCAGAAGGACAGGCUUGCGGGCUUGUAAAGAAUUUUGCUCUUAUGUCGCAUAUUUCAGUGGGCACAAGCUCGUUCACGGUGAUAGAGCUGCUCGAGGAGUGCGGGCUCGAGGGACUAGAGGAGGUAAGCCCCUCAGCAAUUGCAGGAGCAACAAAGGUGCUUGUGAAUGGAUCGUGGGUUGGUGUGCACAGAUCACCUGAUGAUCUCAUGAGCACGCUGAAGUACCUGAGAAGAUCAGGAGAGCUGUCAGCAGAGAUAGGAAUAGUGCGCGAUCUGCGGGAAAGAGAGAUAAGAAUCAACACAGACGGGGGAAGAGCCUGCAGGCCUCUGUUCAUUGUGGAGAAGGGUGUCCUCAAAAUAGAAGAGUUUUUAGUGAAUAACAGAGAGAGAGACUUUACGUGGAAUGAGCUGAUGGCAGAUGGAUGCGUUGAGUUUCUGGACGUGGAAGAGGAAGAAACAGCAAUGAUCGCAGUUAAGCCAGCAGACCUUGACAACACAGACAUAUUGUACACACACUGCGAAAUACAGCCAGCAACAAUGCUCGGAGUCUGUGCUUCAGUGGUGCCCUUCCCAGACCACAACCAGUCGCCAAGAAAUACCUACCAGAGCGCUAUGGGCAAGCAGGCAAUGGGGAUGUACGCGACAAACUUUUUGAUGAGAAUGGACUCUCUCUCCAAUGUCCUGUGCUACCCGCAGAAGCCCCUUGUGAUAACGCAGAGCAUGAACUUCCUCAGAUUCAGAGAGCUGCCCUCAGGACAGAAUGCAAUGGUAGCUAUCGCCUGCUACAGCGGAUACAACCAGGAAGACAGCGUGGUGAUGAACAGAGGAGCUGUGGAUAGGGGGCUAUUUAGGAGCUUUUUCUACAGGACAUACAGCGAUGUAGAGAGCCGCACAAAGCCCGAAGAGCAGGAAAGAUUCAUGAAGCCAGAGAGAAGGACAGUGCAGAGAAUGAAGAAUGCCAAUUACGAGAAGCUUGAUGAUGAUGGCCUGGUGCCCCCUGGGACGCGUGUUUCUGGUGAGGAUGUGCUCAUAGGAAAAGUAGUGACAACGCCUGAUGGGCUCAAGGAUGCCAGCACAACCAUGCGGGGAACUGAGAGCGGUGUGGUAGAUCGCGUGAUACUUACGACAAAAGACGGGUACAGAUACGCGAGAAUUCGCGUAAGAUCAGCAAGAACCCCGCAGAUGGGGGAUAAGUUCGCAUCGAGACACGGACAGAAGGGAACCAUUGGAAUUAUGCUCUCCCCAGAGGACAUGCCGUUUACAGCAGACGGAAUCACCCCAGAUAUCAUCAUCAAUCCGCACGCAAUCCCCAGCAGAAUGACGAUAGGGCAUCUGGUAGAGUGCUUGCUGGGGAAGGUAAGCUCCAUGUCAGGAAAGGAGGGUGAUGCUACGCCCUUCACUGGCCUGAGCGUAGAAGACAUAAGCGAUGAGCUGAAGAAGUACGGGUACCAGAAGAGAGGAUUUGAAGUGAUGUACUCUGGAUUCACCGGGAGAAAGAUGAGAAGCCAGGUGUUCAUAGGGCCCACGUACUACCAGAGGCUAAAACACAUGGUGGCUGAUAAGAUACACGCGAGAGCACACGGGCCUGUGCAGAUACUUACUAGACAGCCUGUAGAAGGAAGGAGCAGAGACGGAGGGCUGCGAUUCGGGGAAAUGGAGAGAGACUGCAUGAUCUCUCACGGGGCAGCUUCUUUCCUCAAAGAAAGGCUGUGCGAUGUGAGCGACAGGUUUGAGGUGUUUGUGUGCAACGACUGCGGCAUAUUCUGUGCUGGGAAUAGAGACAGGGGGAUAUACUCCUGCCAGAUGUGCGGAACACGCACGAACAUAAGCACAGUGUACAUGCCGUAUGCAUUUAAACUGCUUGUCCAGGAAAUGAUGGCCAUGUGCAUAUCGGUGCAGAUGAGGCUGGAGACAUGGAAGAAAAUAUGA